UAGAAUUAACCAGGACAGAUGUCGCAACAAUAUCGGUCAACAUUUACCCUAAACUCAUGUGAACUUGCCAUUUGUCAACUACCUUCACCAUUCAUUAAACUUUUCUUCCUCCUUCCGCCCUUCAUUCUCGUACCUAUCUCACAUUUUCAUUUUCAUUCCCAAAGUCCCAUCUUUCCGCUCUAACGGGAAACCUACCCAUCAUUAAAAUUUCCCAAUCUUCCUUUUACUUUCUUUCUUUAUAUGCAUUUGCCACCACAAAAGGAAAUCUCAAUUCCAACAAUUUUUCUACAAUAAAAAAAACUGAAUUUUUUCAUUUUCUCUUUCUUAUGAUUUUGUUCAUCUCAUUCUAAACACACCCAAAGGGAAACAAAUCCACCCCCAUGCAUUAGUCCAUCAUUCAAUCUACACGCCUAUCCAGAGACAUUAACUAAUUCUCAAUAGCUUCACAAACAUGUCAGGUGGUAUUGGGCCAACAGGGUGUGACAUUAGCCUCCCAAAAGAACAAGAACUAGGUUUCAAAGAGCAACAUGACCAACAAUCACUCAAGAAUCUCAACAAGCCCACCACACCACAAGACAAAGUGGGUUUUCUCUCCUUCAACCAGCUCAAUGCCCUGGCUGUGGUAAUUGUCCUCUCUGCCAGUGGCUUGGUCAGCCCUGAAGACUUUGCCUUUGUGUUCUUCUCCCUAAUUUACAUGUACUUCAUAGCCAAGGUGGCUUUCCCCUCUCUUCAACCAUCAAGGGACCCCCAAGUUUUCAACCCCCAAAACAAGCUCCUCCAACUUUAUGCCCUCAUAGGUGCCACCAUUGGCCUCUUCACUCCAAUAGCCUACAUUCUAGAGGGUGUUUUUGAGGGUGACCAGGAAGGGAUCAAAGCAGCAGCACCCCAUGUUUUUCUCUUGGCCAGCCAAGUUUUCAUGGAGGGAGUGGCAUCAUCUCAAAGGUUCUCGGCUCCUAUUAGAGCUUUUCUGGGGGCAUUCUACAACGCCAGGAGGAUUUUCACGAUUGUGGAUUGGCUUAGGAGUGAGGUCUACAAGAUGAAUGACGAGCACAGUGGGUCUGCUUGGAGGAUUCAUGUUGGGAAAGCACUUGCAAUGGCUAAUAUGGCUUACUGGUGUUUCAACCUAUUUGGAUUCCUAUUGCCAGUGUAUCUUCCAAAAGUUUUAAAGGUGUAUUACUCCUCUGAGUACAAUGAGAAAAAUCGAUGAAGGAAGUUUUGUAUGCUUAGAUAGAAUAGUCAUGCAUUUGAUUUUAACGUAUAAGGUUUUGAACCACAAUUGACCUGUUUUUAGCUCUAAUUUUUUUACAGUGAAAUGUAUUUGAUUGGAUGACU